CCUCCAUCUCUUGUCUGCCCUUGAAGCCCUUCCUUAGACUCAACUCAAACCCUCAUCCACCCGUUCCUGUCUCUUACUCAGAGCAUAACGGACUGCGAGGUUCCUUCUGCCAUAUAUCGUUUGUCCCAUGUAUUCGUCCUCUAUCACAGUCGCCUGCAUCCAGGUCUUGUUGACCUUCCUCCAUUCCUAGCGAAGAUGCUUGCCCAUCACUACCCUUCUUCAACGCUUCGCCACAAACGCAAACCAGCACACAACACUCCGGGUAAUGCCACAAUCCUCCUCCCACUCUUCACUCACUGUCCUGCGAUCGACACUGCACCAUCGCUUGACCAUGUCUCUGUUUGUUGCCUGUGAAUCAUGGCUGACUUGUAACAACUCCAAUUAUAGCAAUCCGCAGUCAACUUUUGCGCAUCUGACUGAGCCUUUUCCAAUUCACCCUCAAACAGCGCACCCUGUCGUCCCUCAUUAAACAAUGCGACAACAACAGAAGAAGGAGGCGUCGCCUCUUUCUUUGAUGCGGUGCCUUGUUGAUGACACUAUAUUGACUAGAAAUAUUCAAGAGAUUGAAACAUGGGUAUCUCAAGGACUGGUUGUCCUCGUUGUCCCCCUCUACACCCUCGAGCGCCUGCACAUCUUGAAGAAGGACUCGUCCCAAAUCGGUGUCAAUGCCCGGAAAGCUGUCAAGUUCCUCGACCGCUUCACCUCCUCCAGAGGCGACCUGUCUCACGACCCUAUCAUCCUGCAAGGCCCCGACGAACAGUAUUCCUCUUGGUCUGAAGUCGAGGCGCAUUAUGGCACCGAUGCCACAAAGACUGACGACGUCUCUCAUCCAGCGGACAGACUCACCACCAUCGACCCCAAGAAAGACCAGGUGAACGAGUUGUCGUUGCCUUCUGAACCCACCGCGGCUAGUUCCUUGUCUCAGCUCUUACUCGACAAGUUGAACUUUUCCAAACAGCCCACUGCGCCCUCGCCGAUUUCCACUCCUCCUCUGUCACCCCCAUCUUCUGGUCCCCAAAGUUCAAAGACAAGUCCUGAAGUCAAGUCUGCCACUCUGAUCCGAAAUGACAAGACUCCCGUUCCUCCCGCCCUGAAGCCUCUGCUCAACCCCGUCGUCUGGUACAUGCACGAAAAGAAGGACGAAUCCAGCGACACGUUCUUUUUCCUCACAAAUUCGGCAGAUACCAUUCACCUGGCCCGUGAUUUUGCCAUUCCCACAAAGAACAUCCACCAGCUAAGGAGCGCUCUCGGCCUAGAUGAGACCGAUGCUAUAUCUGAUGAUAAGGCAAAGAGGGACUCGGCAAGAUCCACUGUUGAGCCUGAGCCAAAGGCCAAAACCCUCUUUAGCUACAACGAUGUCGAAAGCGAUGAGGAGGAACAAGUCGUCUUCAAGCCUCGCGGCCGUGGCUCGACUCCAGCAUCGACCAAUGGUAGGGGACACGCAACCAUCAAGGGACGAGGUAGAGGAAAAGCUGCACGAUCUCCAAGGCCAACUUUCAGUACACCCACUGUUCCAUCACAGACGAAACCUCAGAUUCCCAUUGAGGAGAUCGACCCCGAUUCUUUCGACCGAGGCGGCUUUGGACGUGGUAGUACUCCACUCGCCAAUGUCGGCAAUCAUACCCAUGGGGCCUACAACAGUCCCCGCACUUAUGGCCAACGAGGGACGCAGACCCAGCCAGGAAGAGGCGGUGGCAGUUCUCGUGGUGCAGCUCGAGGCGGUGAACGAGGCAGUUCUCGAGGCAAGGGCCGCCUGUUCGUUCCUUAGACUAAUGGGCUGGCGUAGGAACCCAGUAUCCUGCGAUCAUUGAUCUUCAUUCUCCUAUGCAAGAGCCAGCAUUUAAAUGCUCCGCAGCAUGCAUUUACUUGUCGAUGACGACGCUGAAACGCGAUCAUAUUGACCUCGACCGUCCCACCAAGGCAUCACGGGCGCAGCAUCGUGGAACAACGCGUUUCACAACCUGUUGACGCCUGCCUGAUCGGCCGAGCCUUGAAUCACGGCGGCAAUUCGAUCUCUCUCAAAAGUGUACACCCAUCUCGACAUUGCCGUCUCGGCAGAGUCCACAAAUGUUGACUAAUGGAACACCGAGCGAACUAUUCGAACGAAGGGCGCUGGCAAGCAACAAAACAGAGUCGAAACAUGCGAAGAUAACUUUAUUUUGACAGCGAGCUUCUCCUGGUGUUAGACCAGAAGAGCACGCGUCCACUCAUUUAGCAUAUGAAGGUACAGGCGCUUACAGCCCAGCCACAGCUGCCAUCGAAGAUCCUGUGAAGCCGAAUCCGCGAGAAGUCACCUAGUGAUUUGGCGAGGAUGGGAGCAGAACACGGGGCCUGACGAUUAUUCAGCUCCAAGUGGCUAGAAGUGGAGGAAAUAUUCUUUCUAGCUUAGAUAGUACACUCUCAUUGAAUCACAUUGUCAAGUUAUAC